CCUGGUUUCAUCAGUGUUGAGUGCAUGCGGCUGUCGUGGGUAAGAUUGGUUUGUCAGAGUUACUGUCAAAUGCUGCCCUGUCUGCUAUCGAAAAUUGUAGCGUACAAUCGUAAAAUUUGAGCGAUUAAUCACGUACGUGCUUAAAGACUUGUGUUACGUCAGUGAUAGAGAGAGAGAGAGAGAGAGAGAGAGAGAGAGAGAGGAGAAAAACGCGCAGCGCCUACAAUUUCGUAGCUCUUCAUUUUGGCUGAGUCAAGAGAUCUGGUGAAGAAAAUUACAACGUUAUCAAAAUGGAAUUUCCAAAUUUGGGAGAACAUUGCUCUGAGAGCACAUGCAACCGCUUGGAUUUUUUACCUCUAAAGUGCGAUGCUUGUCAAGGAAUCUUUUGCACAGAUCAUAUAACUUAUACAACUCACAGCUGCCCCAGCGCGUACAAGAAGAAUAUACAGGUGCCUGUAUGCCCAUUGUGUGAUGUUCCUAUACCAAUAAAGCGUGGCGAUCUGCCUGACGUAGCCGUAGGAUUGCAUAUAGAUAAUGACUGUAGAGAAAGCCGUAGAAAGGUAUUCUCCAAUAAGUGUUCUUCAAAGGGGUGCAAAGUCAAAGAGAUGGUGCCGGUAAAAUGUAAUGAAUGCGGUGCCAAUUUUUGCCUCAAGCACAGACAUCCCACCGAUCACGCUUGUAUCGGAGCGGAGGAGGCAUUGAGAUUACGUAGAUUGGAGGCACUAAAUAAGAAAAGUCAAACGAAAAUAUCACCGAAUAGCAGCAACAGCAAUUCGCAUCCAUUUCGAAGCCUUCAAGGAACGAUGACCGAAGAUGAAGCAUUAGCUAGAGCUCUCCAAGCUUCCUUAGACGAUGAAGAGAGAAGCAGACGUAUGUUACAACCAGUGCCUUCUGGAAACCGAGAUAGAUGUAGACUUUCGUAACUAUCUACACAUUAUUUUAUACCGUUAUAGAAAAAAAGCUUCUUCCUUGUUUCCUAAAAAUCUAUGGAUAUAAUGAUAUGUAUUACGAUCCUAUUAAAGUUAGCGUCAAACUAUACAUAAUUUGUGAUUCGAAGCUCGCAGUUUAUAAGUAGUGUGAAUGGACAAAUUCACCGAAUUCGCAUUUGUUGUUUACCAUUCAAUUUACGAAUCGGUUUUUUAAA